UGCUGCUGCUGCCGCUGCCGCCGCCGGCCCGAGCCGCGCCCGACGCACGCCCGGAGGCUCUGCCCCGGGGGGGGCUGCCCAUGAAGGAGGAGCCCCUCACGGCAGGGCUGCCCUCGGUGCGAUGGCUGCAGGGCACCGGCAUCCUGGACGCCAGCACGGCGGCACAGAGCGGGGUUGGCCUCGCCCGGGCUCACUUCGAGAAGCAGCCUCCGUCCAACCUCCGCAAGUCCAACUUCUUCCACUUCGUGCUCGCCAUGUACGACCGGCAGGGGCAGCCGGUGGAGGUGGAGCGGACCUCGUUCCGGGGCUUCGUGGAGAGGGAGCGGGAGCAGAACGGGGAGAAAACCAACAACGGGAUCCACUACAGACUGCAGCUGCUGUACAGCAAUGGGCUCCGCACCGAGCAGGACCUUUACGUGCGCCUCAUUGACUCCAUGUCCAAGCAGGCCAUCAUCUACGAGGGGCAGGACAAGAACCCCGAGAUGUGCCGGGUCCUCCUCACACACGAGAUCAUGUGCAGCCGCUGCUGUGACAAGAAGAGCUGCGGGAACCGCAAUGAGACCCCCUCAGACCCAGUCAUCAUUGACAGGUUUUUCCUGAAGUUCUUCCUCAAGUGCAACCAGAACUGUCUGAAGAACGCAGGGAACCCUCGGGACAUGCGGCGCUUCCAGGUUGUGGUGUCAACCACAGUGAAUGUGGAUGGACACGUCCUGGCCGUGUCCGAGAACAUGUUCGUGCACAACAACUCCAAGCACGGGCGGCGCGCGCGGCGCCUGGACCCCUCUGAAGCAGCCACCCCCUGCAUCAAAGCCAUCAGCCCCAGUGAGGGAUGGACCACGGGGGGUGCCACAGUCAUCGUCAUCGGGGACAACUUCUUCGAUGGGCUACAGGUCGUGUUCGGCACCAUGCUGGUGUGGAGCGAGCUCAUCACCCCUCACGCCAUCCGGGUGCAGACCCCCCCAAGGCACAUCCCUGGUGUGGUGGAGGUGACACUGUCCUACAAAUCCAAACAGUUCUGCAAGGGGGCACCAGGGCGCUUCGUGUACACAGCACUGAAUGAACCCACCAUUGACUAUGGGUUCCAGCGGCUGCAGAAGGUCAUUCCCCGGCACCCUGGGGACCCCGAGCGCCUGCCUAAGGAGGUGCUGCUGAAGAGAGCUGCUGACCUGGUGGAGGCUCUCUAUGGGAUGCCACACAGCAACCAGGACCUGAUCCUGAAACGCGCUGCGGACGUGGCCGAGGCUCUGUACAGUGUCCCCCGCAGCUCGGCCCCGGUACCGGCGCUGUCCGGUGCUCACGGGGCCGGUGUCAUGGGGGUGAGCUCCUUCGGGCCGCAGCUGCCCGUCCCCAUCGGUGACUCGGCACAGGGCACAGACCAAGGCUUCUCCCGCAGCCCCGGUAGUGCCUCCCCCCGGGGGUACGUGCCCAGCUCCACGCCCCAGCACAGCGGCUACGGCACCGGCACCGGUAUCGGUGGCUAUGGCAGCGGCAGUGCCAUGGCCGGGCUCGGGGUGCCCGGCUCCCCCAGCUUCCUCAACGGCUCCACUGCCAACUCACCCUAUGCCAUCGUGCCCUCCAGCCCCCCGCUCGGCGCCUCGUCCAUCACCGUCCCGUCGGGCCCCGGCUCCUCCACCCCCCCCGGGGUCUUCUCCUUCUCCCCCGUCAAUAUGAUCUCGGCCGUCAAGCAGAAAAGCGCCUUCGCUCCGGUGGUCAGGCCGCAGAGCUCCCCCCCCCCCGCCUGCGCCAGCACCAGCAGCCUGCAGGAUGCGGCUUUCGAGGACUCGGACAAGUUCCAUCCCCCCGCGCGGCCGCUCCAGGGAUUGGCCUAUUCCUAAAGCCCAUCAGGGUCCGGGAUGCAGCGGCUGCCCCGAGCCCCACAUCCCACCGGGAUGGCCGUGCCAUGGGGAUCGGGGGGUUCCAUGGGGAUCGGGGGGCAGGGGGCUGCGGGACCCCCCCACCCGCUGCCCUGCGGCCGCCCCAGCACAGCCCCGAGGAGCCCGGUGACCCCCGACGGGGAUGGUACCGGCCCCGGUGCGGCUCGGCCAGAGAGGAACCAUGGGGGGAGCUCCGGGAAUGACCCAAAUGAUGU